UCUUCUUUGCACUCAGCCACAGGACAUGUGUAUAUACAAGAGGCAGAGCAGUAGCCUUUACACUGCUGCCCAGAGAGUCAUUAGAGACGCACACUGAUUGUUACUGUCUAACUGACCAGAGAAGCAAUGGACCCUCAGAGCUGUGACUGUGCAAACGGUGCCUCCUGCAGUUGUGGAGAUUCCUGCAAAUGCGCAAACUGCAAAUGCACAAGCUGCAAGAAAAGCUGCUGUUCAUGCUGUCCGACUGAGUGCAGUAAAUGCAGCAAAGGCUGCCAAUGUGCACAGGGGAAAGAAAAGUGCAGCUGCUGCAACUAAUCCAGAAAUCCUUUAAAUCACUAAAUGAUUAUGUUUUAUAUGUACUUACUAAUCAAUGCAAUGUUUUGACAUGUUGUAACAUGUCAUGUAGUAUUUCUUAUGUUUUUUUUAAUAAAAUUUAUGUUUACCA